AUGAAUUUUAACUCAAAUUAUGUCCGAGGACGAGUCCUCUACGAUUUUGUAAAUGCGGACAAAGCUUCUAAAGCAGGGCAAAUGGCCAACUCAAGCGAUGCGACCGUUUUGUCCGCAAAGACUCAGGAGUCAUUUACGUUGCUACAAGGUACACACUUCUCACAUCGUCGCCGACCACAUGGUCCAGCUUCAGUUCAUAAGAGUUUGCGUUGGACAGGAUCACAUACUCCAACCUUCUCGCCGUUGACUAUCUCUGACGAGAUGUCCCAAUCCCCUCCGCCGUCGUUCUCCCCUGUUGACAGCUUCCCCCGACCUUAUGCGUCAGACCAAAGAGAAGGUCUCUUACACGAAGAUAACGAGUCAAUCUACACGUUUUGCUCACAACAGUCGUCAUCAAACCUGACUGCGUCCGACUUGCCUGGUCCUGGAAGGACACUUGGACUCCUAUACUCACGAUGGGGACGUGCUCUCGAGGCGUCCGUCGGCCGCCUCGCACACCGAAGUGGAUUUGGACCCGACGCAGUAGCUUCCAGAAUUGGAAGUGUAACGUUUAGGGGUACAUGGGCUAAAAGAAAUGACAUACCAGACGAAGCGGGACGCGUUCAGCGAGUCAUCAACUGGACCGUAAACGACGGAAACGAGGCAAAGCUCCGUUCAGACUGCCAGAAGCUUGCAACUUACGCAACCGCGGAGAUAUCACAGACAAGAUUGCAAGCACUGCUUCAGAUCAUCCAGUUAAUCACAGCGCAGCCACGUUUACGCACAUUCUUCAAUACACCGUCGAUCCUUCUUAAUCUGAGGACCAAUACACGAUCAUCAUACAUAUCCAGUGACGGAUCAGCGCGCUGGGAAGAGGAACUCAGGAGACAUCAAGAUACGACGUUUCUCGCAAAACAAGCACUACUUGCUAUCGAGGACAAUCCCCUGAACGAAAUUGUUGACGAUAUUUCGCAACUGCCCUUUAUACGAGAUGAAGAUUCCGAAGUGCUUACUCGCAAAUACAUGGACUCUAUGAAGAAGCUUCUUGGAUAUUGUUGCAAGCCUCGCUAUACGUUCAUAGCUAAACGUCACUUAUGCAACGUGCUGAACUUCUUGCCUUGGAGAGCAAUAUGCGAAGUUUCGUCCGUACUUUCUGUCUUCCUCGAACAACUCGUUAGGCAGGCACUCAGUUCCGAUCAAUCAUCCCCAUCUACCGAGGUUAUGUUCGACCUCGAGAAUACAGAACGUUUGGUAGAGGUGGUACUUCUUCCUCGCUGUCGUGCAAUCCACUCCUUCGACAUGUACCGUGAACUUCAUCUAAGAUCCCUUGACAACCCAGAACACUGCCGUUGUACGAGGAAUGAGGGUGCGAGGCAUGACAUACAAGGUCUAGUGGCUCUUCUCCAGAGAGCAGGUGGUAACUCGGGUGCGAUUGUUCGUCCGCAAUGCUCUCAUAAGCCAUCAGCUUCUCCUGCUAAGCGACUCGAUUGUUCUAAGGGACACAGGAGGCAUAUCGUUGCUGCAAGAGACACACUUCCUACAUCAUCGCUGACCAUAUGGGCCGACCUCAGCUCAUAA